AAUACAAUAUGAAAUUGGAUAUUGAAUUUAAAGUUUGACGGGGAGAAUGACUGACUGCUGUGCGAAACUGGGACAGAAAUUGGGAUGUGUGAGGAAGCCUACUCUAUCAGACCGAAAGGUAUAUGUGGGUAACAAACCAUUACCUGGCGAGGAUGUUGCUGUGCUCCAUACACAGAGGUUUCCCAACAACAGGGUGAUAUCCUCUAAGUAUACAUUACUUAACUUCCUACCAAAGAAUUUGUUCGAACAGUUCAGGAGGAUAGCUAACUUCUACUUCUUAUGUGUAGGAAUAGUACAGUUGAUCAUUGAUACUCCAGUCACCCCCAUCACAAGCAUAGCUCCUCUAGUGUUUGUUGUCUCAGUAACAGCUAUAAAACAGGGGUAUGAAGACUAUCUUCGACACAGAGCAGACAAUGAAGUCAACAACAGGACGACUCAAGUCAUCAGAGAUGGUGAAAUCAUGGAGAUCAGAUCCAAAAAAAUCAAGGUCGGUGAUAUUGUGAUGGUAGAAAAAAAUCAGGAGUUCCCAUGUGAUCUGGUUAUGUUAUCGUCGUGUGAUGAAGAGGGUCAAUGUUACAUCACUACAGCCAAUCUGGACGGCGAGACGAACCUCAAGCUUAACUCUUCAUUCAUUUUCAUAGGUUGUGCAAUAUAUACAGGACCAGAAACUAAAAUGGCACUGAAUUCCAAAAAUAAAGUUACAAAGUUUUCUCAAGUUGAGAGAGCAAUGAAUACAUUUUUGAUCAUAUUUCUUGUGGUACUCUUAAUAGAAUCACUGACAUGUACUAUCCUAAAGUAUGUGUUUGUGAAUCGGUCGUCUGUUAAAGACAAACUCUGGUACCUACCAGACAUGGACAAAGAAUCAGAACUAACAGCUUUACGAGCAAUAGAGACGUUUUUGUCUUUCAUGGUCCUAUUUAAUUAUUUCAUCCCGAUAUCUAUGUAUGUAACUGUAGAAAUACAGAAAUUUAUAGGCUCAUUAUAUUUUAACUGGGAUAUUGAUAUGUAUGAUGAAAAAAUGGACCAGCCAGCCAAAGCUAAUACAUCUGAUCUCAACGAGGAACUGGGUCAGGUAGAGUACCUGUUCACAGACAAGACAGGAACACUGACGGAGAACGAAAUGCAGUUCCGUGAGUGUUCUAUCAGUGGUGACCAGUAUAUGGAAGUGGACAACAUCUUGGUGGAAAAAAGGCCCGGUCAGAUACAUGGCAAACCUGUCACUAGUAUGACCAAAAAAAUGGAGGAUUUUUUUACUGUUCUUGCACUGUGUCACACUGUACGUGUGGACCAUCCUCGAUCACACUUAAGUGAGAAGGCUUCCGACAGAGUUUAUGAUCAUUCUGGUAUGGACUAUGAAUACCAGUCCUCUUCACCAGAUGAAAAAGCAUUCCUCGAGGCCUGUCGGAGGUACGGCAUUGUUCUCCAUGGUAUCCAUGACGACCGUUUGGAAGUGACCUUCAUGGGUGAAAUGAGACGUUACAAACUGUUACAUGUACUUGAGUUUGACCCUACCAGGAAAAGAAUGAGUGUCAUCAUACAGAAUGAACAAGAUGAGAUUUACCUGCUAUGUAAGGGUGCAGAGUCAGCCAUUUUGGACCGUGUGACCCCUAGACUUAAGGAAGCUACGUUACAGCAUGUCACUGAUUAUGCACUGCUUGGCCUGAGGACUCUGGUCUUGGCGAGGCGACUUCUCACGUCAGACCAAUACAGUGAAAUUGAUAGGCGUCUCCAUCAAGCCAGAAACUCUCUGGACAGUCGAGAGGUCAUGUUGGAGGAAGUUUUUGAGUUUAUAGAGCGUGACCUUGACCUUCUUGGGGCUACAGCUGUUGAAGAUAAACUUCAAGAUGAUGUCCCAGAUACGAUUCAGUCUUUACAGAAAUCUGGCAUCAAGGUAUGGGUGUUAACAGGGGACAAGGAAGAAACAGCUGUCAAUAUAAGUUACUCAGCUGGUCACUUCAAACAAGGCUUUGCUGAAUUACGUGUUACACAGAUGGCUUCCUCUCUACAGUGUUCAGAGGUAAUGGCCAGACUCAAAAGCAUAAAAGAUCAUGCCCCUACUGAUCAGCCGUUUGUCCUAAUUGUUGAUGGUGCUAGUCUGAGGUUCGCUGUGAAGGACCACGCUGAUUUGUUGCGGAGUCUGUGCCAAUCUUGUGUGGCUGUUUUAUGUUGUCGUAUGUCUCCACUACAGAAAGCUGAGGUUGUGAAAUUGAUAAAGAAUUCCAAAGACUGUCCUGUCACUGCAGCCAUAGGAGAUGGUGCAAACGAUGUGAGCAUGAUACAAGAGGCCCAUGUUGGAUUAGGGAUCAUGGGCAAGGAAGGUCGCCAAGCAGUCCGUAACAGUGAUUAUGCAUUUGCCAAAUUUCGCUUUUUAAAACGUGCCAUACUGGUUCACGGCAACUUUUACUACACUAGACUGGCUAAUCUAGUGCAAUACUUCUUCUAUAAGAAUGUGGCUUUUAUCACUGCUCAAUUGUUCUACACAUUUUUCUCAGGUUUCUCACAACAGACAAUAUAUGAUGUUAUGUUCUUGGCGAUGUACAACAUCACUUUUACCUCACUGCCAAUCUUCAUCUACAGUCUGUUUGAGCAGACUUUAUCACAGAAAGAACUUCUACAGAAUCCACGCCUCUACAAAAAAAAUGCCCGGAAUGCUGCCCUGUCGUUUAAAUCUUUUGUUAAAUGGAAUUUCUUAGGUUUAUGGCAUUCAGCUGUUUUCUUCUUUGGCGUGUACUUCCUGGUUGGAAACGAUAUUUCUAUAUUCUCUGAUGGAAAGUCAUCUGGUGGCUGGGCAUUUGGGACAGUACUUUUUACUACUGUUGUGGCUGGUGUCAACUUUAAGUUGGUUAUAAUGACUUACACCUGGAACCUACCCAUGUUCCUAGCCUAUCUGAUAGCCAUCCUGGGAAACCUGGCAAUGACACUAUUUUACUCCGGAAUCAGAAUGCCUUUAAUACUAGAUCUUCAGAACUACUACUACGUGUUCUACGAGACAAUGAGCAGUGUGCUGGUUUGGCUGGGUAUUAUACUGCUGGUAGUCCUAGCCCUGCUGCCCGAUCUCAUCAUCAGAGUUUUCAACGAUAUCAGCAAGACCUUGGAGGAUAGCAACUUAAGGGGACCUACACUGGACAGACUGACAAUGUCGGUCACUAAACGGUCUGGGAAGCUCACGCUUUCACAGAUUGAUAUACUGAGUGACCAGGAAGAUUCUGUGGAAAUUCCAAAUCUAACGUACCUUUAAGCGACAUUCCUCACAGAAAGGCAGCCAGCUAUAAGACGAGUCUCCCUGAUUCCUCGCCAGACUGUGAACCAUUAUCAUACACCUCUCUAAGACAUUCCUAAACAAAAAUAAGUCUACACGAUGUGAAUCAGAGUGCAUUCUUGUCGGUUGUAGCUAGAAUGUUCCAUAUUUGGGUAUAUUUUCUUCCGAUACAAAUGCUUUACUACACAAAUAUUCCUUAAUGUGAUAUACUGACCAUGCAGCAAUCAAAUUAAAACUAAUGAACAGAUUUAGGCAGAACUACUACAUCAGAAUCAAAGCUGAAUGUUGUUGAUGUCUUAAUUAAACAAAUGGUGUUAUAUCCGACUCACAAAAUAUUCCAUAAAUGAUCGUGAUGACCAAAAACCUACAUGUCUCACAUUCGGCUUUUACUUAGUGGUGAAUUGAUGUUCCGAGUUGAUUCUUGGGUAUAACGGAUGCAAUAAUUCAUCGACGGCUCAACUGAUUUGUAACUUGGUAAGAAAAAGUUUGUCCUAUUGAUUCCAGUUAAUCAUCAAACCAUGAAGGCGUUACAUAUGGAAUUCUUUAAAACUGCUGUUUAUUCACAUAAAGUUUGAUCUUGUUCAGCUGUGUUAGAUUGGAGGUUUGUGAUUAACUGAAAGUCUCCAUUUUAUAGAUGAAAAGUAUUUGACGUAGUGCUAAUUCUUGUGAUAAAAACAAAUACUUUUACUUGUGAUAACGUGACUGUAGGAUAUAUAGAUAUGCCAAGAUAUUUUACCUCUUCAUCACCUACAAAACAUUAAACCAGGAUGUAUAUAAGUUUGUAUAUAUAUAUUGAAUUAUGCAAUUUGUGUUUUAAAGAAAUUAAGAGUUUUGUAUCUAAUAUAUAAGUAUAUAAAUGAUGUUGAUUGUACAUACUAUUUUAUAUAUACUACAAAUAUAGUGAACUUACGGUCUCGCAAGAUGUUUUA